AUGCCAUCCAAGGAGUUAACCCGAGAGCUGCUGGCUGAUGGUUUGAGACGGGCCCUGGACAUGUUGGGCGAGACGCCUAAGAAGCAGUUCCUGGAGAUUCUCGCAGCCAACAUUCACAAGUUUGCUUUGCAGGAGCAAUACUCUCUGUCCCGGGUUUAUCCUGUGGAGAUCAGCAGGGUGCUGAGGCAUGUGGAAUUUGGGCGAUGCAAGGAGUAG